ACAGUCGGGUUGUUGAGGAGGCGAGUGAGUGAGUGACAUGGAGGGGAGUGUAGCAGCAGCAGUGGCGGAGCGCCUCGGAUUAGCUGAAGCAGAGGAGGAAGAGAAGGCGGCCGCUGUGCUGGAGGAGGAGGGGGAGCGUUCCGAAAUUGAGCCUGACCAAGCCGAAGUGAGCACGAUGCCUGGCUCGGCGGAUUCGCCCAACAUCGCCAUAGCCGAGUCCCUGCCGAACACUGACGAUGGUGAAGCGCAGUUUGCCGAAGUAACCACAGUCACUGUCGGUGGUGUCCAGAGUGGAGAUGACGGCGUUUUCUCAACAUCUGUUGCCACAGCAGCCUCUCUUCCUGAACAUGUACUAACAGGCAGGACCACUCUACAGAUUGGGGACAGUCUCAGUACACAGAAAGCCACCCUGAUUGUUGUACACGCAGAUGGAAGUAUAGUGGAUGCCACGGGCCUGAAAGCCACAACUGCACCCAUGACACCAGGGCCUCCGACCCCCUCCACUCCACUGUCUCCAAGUCAUGAUAAAGAUGUGUCCAAGUAUAAUUGGGACCCAUCUGUAUAUGACAACGAGCUGCGAGUGCGCUGCAGGAACACCAGUGGCAUUCUUUACAAAAACAGACUAGGAUCAGGGGGUAAAGGGCGCUGCAUCAAACACAACAAUAACUGGUACACACCCACUGAGUUUGAAGGGCUGGCUGGAAGAGCCAGCAGUAAAGACUGGAAAAGGAGCAUUCGCUAUGCUGGGAGGCCUCUACAAUGCCUCAUACAGGAGCGUAUCCUUAACCCACAUGCGGCUUCUUGUACAUGUGCAGCAUGCUGUGAUGACCUAGCUGCGAGCAAGGAUGGAUCUUUUGGAGGGGAGAACAUUUCUAUGACUGGCCCUGUGAGACUCUUUGUUCCUUACAAACGGCGAAAAAAAGACAAUGAGCAUCCAGGCUCUCCAGAGAAAAAGGAGACAUCGUCACCAAAGAACAUCACGUUGGCUCCAGGGACUGCGUUCACAGUGACCCCAUCAGUUCAGCUUACUACCUCCGGCACACUAACCUUCGAACGAACGUCAACAGGAGAUUCGUCCACGAUUAUCUCUGAAAGCACUGCCCCUUCAGACGUUUUUAGCAGCACCGCAGUCCUGACCUCGCUUCCGGCUCUGACUAUGGUCCCUCAGCAGGCAGUGGUGCAGACUAAAGCUCCCACUGCAAGCGGAGUGGCUAAUGGAUUGGAAACAAAUGAGCAGCACACCUGGCUGUACCUAGAAGAGACAGCCAACACACUACUCAACACUGUCCAACAGCUCAAAGCCCUUAUUGCACAGGCCAAGCAAGCCAGCCAGGCUAACAGCAGCCUUGAGAAAAACGACUGCAGCAGAAAGGAUUCCUUUGUCAGCCAGCUGUCGCUUGCUGAUGACACGGAAGGGAAGAUUACUGAAAUUAUCAUCAAGGCAAGUGGCCGUACCGCUCUGUCUCUCUAUAUAUACUCACAUACAUGCGUGAACUGUGGUCGUGAGGCAUCAAGUGAAUGUGCUGGCUGCCACAAAGUCUACUACUGCUCUAGUUUCUGCCAAAAAAAGGACUGGAAGGAUCACCAGCACAGCUGCUCUCAGUCAAGUGUAGCUGUUGUAGUGCAUGAUGAGGCUCACAUAGCAAGCAUGGAGGUAGAGAAGGUCAAGGCAUAGCAUGAAGUACAAAUAUCCUUAACAGUUGCCUUUGAACAUCUCCUCACUCUCUACAAUCUUCCAAAAGACUUUGCUACAUUUCUAAGACAGGGUCUAAAUGACCUGAAACAACACACUGGUUUAUACAUAUUUAAGAUUAAUAAACAACAAGUUGCAAA